AUGUACACCGUCUCAACACCAGAUUCAGACUCGUCACCUCGUAUCCGAAAUAUCAGCGGCUCCCAUACAUCAGCGGCCGCCGCCAUGUCGUACCUCAACUCUGGCAACCCAGGCUCGCGCCGCACCUCUGCCGGCCCCAGCAACGAGCCUUCCCCAGAAAACAAGCCCUAUCUCAACCAGUCGGGCUCGGGCUCCGCAUCAGGACGCACACCCACCUCGAUGGAGCUGGCAGCCGAGGCUGAAGCCAAGCGCCGUAAAGUCCAGCGCGCGUGUGAUGUCUGCAGAAGGAAAAAGAUUCGUUGUGAAGGACCGAUGAACUCGCAUUCCAACAGCAAAUGCGCAAACUGCACAGAAUACGGGCUGGAGUGCACCUACAACGAGGCAGCCAAGCGUCGAGGUCCUCCAAAGGGCUACAUUGACACUGUCGAGCAGCGAUGCGGGCGUCUCGAACGUCUGCUUGCUCAGCUGCACCCCACGCUGGAUCUGACAGGAACGGUUGGACCCAUGCCUGAUCGCGACGACUUUGAGCUUGGUACAUAUCAGGACCAGCUCCGCUCUCUCGGUAUCCCCCCCUACCCCCAGCUCAAAGCUGUUAGCCCCAUCGACACUACCGUCGCGGCCGGAACACCGCCUACGGCACAGAGUGCACCAUCCCCUUCUCCCCGCGUCCUCGGCGCCGCGCCGUGGGGUCCCUUUGAAAAGGAUCCUAACCGCCCGCCAGAUGACGAGGAUGACGCUCUUGACCAAGCGCGGAUCGCCCAUGCGCUCCACAAGCUCAACAUUCGCGACUAUGACGCUUUCCGGUUCCAUGGCAAGGCGUCGGGUGCUCACCUCAUCCGGAUUGUCAACGAGCUCAAGUACUCGGAGGCCGAAAUCAACCUCUUUGACCGUCUGGGAGCCGUCAAGCGCCCAGAGUACUGGAUGGUCCCCGAAUGGGAGAAGGCAAUUGCAACCGACAGCGUCAAUGCCAUCGACUAUGACAUGUGGCCCGACGAGGGGCUCGCCAGCCGCCUCAUCGACAGCUACUUCGACAAUGUCAAUAACCACAUGCCCCUGCUCAACCGUGUCAUUUUCCAGCGGCAAUACCAGAGCGGCCUGUGGCGCACCAACUCGGACUUUGCGAGGAUGUCUCUCAUGGUCUUUGCGAACGGUUCCCGCUAUGUCGACGACGACCGCGUGUACUGGCCCGCUGACGCUGCGACGACCCCAGAGGGCCGCGCGCGCCUCCUCAAUGAUGCGGACGGCACCCGCAAAUAUUCGGCUGGUUGGAUCUACAUGCGCGCGCUUAUCAAGGUCGGUCGGUCGUGGCUGCAGAGCCCUGGCCUCCUCGACCUCCAGACCAAUGUCCUCGUCUGCCUGUUCCUGAAUGGUAGCGCUGUCCCGCACUUGGCGUGGCUUGUCGCCGGAUCCGGUCUGCGCAUGGCACAGGAGAUUGGCAUCCACGUCCGCACCACCAUGCUCCUUACCAACCCCAUCGACCGCGCUCUAUACAACCGAGCCUUCUGGUGUCUGUACCACUUUGACCGCCUCAGCUGUGCUGCCAUUGGCCGCUCCGUGGCCAUCCAGGACUCGGACUUUGACGCCGACUACCCCAUCGCUGUCGACGAUGCCUACUGGGACACUGGCGACCCGGAGCGCGACUUUAAGCAGCCUCCUGGUCUCCCGCCAGACCCCGCUGUCAUGUCCUUUACUCAUCUCCUCAAGCUCGACCACGUCCUCGGCGCCGCAAUGCGCACCAUCUACGCCGUCAACAAGCUUCCGGAGCACGGGGCUGACCAGCGCGCUAUUGUCGUCGAGCUCGACUCGGCACUCAACUCGUGGGCCGACAGCGUGCCUGACGCGCUCAGGUGGGACCCCACGCGCGCCGAUCCCAAACUCUUCGAGCACUCGGCCAUUCUCUACGCCCACUACUACUAUGUCCAGAUCCUCAUUCACCGCCCGUUCAUGCCCACGCGCAAGAACCCAGAGUCCGUUGGCUUCCCGUCCCUCGCCAUCUGCAGCAAUGCCGCUCGUUCGAUCUCCAACAUUCUCGACGCGGUCCUCCGUCGCGGCCGUCAGUCUGGCAAGCUUCCCGGCCACGCCGUGUCCAUCUCGUUUGCUCUCCCGGCAUCUACCGCAGCCGUUGUCCUGCUCAUGAACGUAUACGCCGUUCGUCAGCGUGCACCAGAACGCGAGCGCUGUUUGAAUGACGUCAAGCGCGUCAUUGCUGCCCUCAAGGAGAUGGAACUUACGUACCGCCAGGCCGGUAAGAUGACCGACCUCAUCUCCGAGGUGGCACGCGAGAGCACUGGCGAUUUCAACAUGAACGACAUAUCUGCGCCAAUCAAGCGCUCUUUCGACGAGACGACGAUCAACAACUGCACUGCCACUGCGGUAUCCACACCGACAUGUGACCUGCAAGGCGGCUUCAACGCUGGCACUCCUGGCGCGCCGACACACCCACCCCUGCUGUCAUACGCCAACGCCUCACCGUCCGCAGGGAGCGACAUUGGUGGACCGAGUACCGGUAUGCAGCCCCCACAGCGGCAGGCGACCCCGCCCUACGGCGUCUUCCCACUCACGUGGGGCACGGGUCUCACACCUACCGGCGAGGCGACGCUGGUUCCCGACCUCUUUGACGCCGGCGAGUUGCAAAACCUCAACUACGCCGUCACAAACUUUGACAUGCUGGGCGACGCCAACAGCAACGAGUUUUGGUCCAGCCUGUUUCGCCAGGGUAACGGUGGAAUCAGCACCUUUGGGACCGGACUAGGGAACGGACCUGUCACUCCAGGGCCUGGGCAGGUGCAGCCAGUUUGGAACUUUAUGCCUUGGCUCCCACCCGAGAACCCCCAGCCUUAG